GGCGGAAGGUGGAAGAAGAAAACCAUGUCCAUGGACCCCACAGAAAAUUACUUCUCCUAUCAUUUGUAUUGAGAUUUUCAUAUAUAUGAGCUGUAAGAAUUAACGACGAGGGGGUAUGCAUUUGCUAACUUGCGCCGGCGGUAGGAUUAACGGCGAAAGAGAAAAAAAUCCUCAGCCUCUCUUCUUUCUCAUCGUUUCUAUCGGAUCAAAAAAUUUCCCGAGUAAACGAAGAAAAGUUCCGAGCAUCGCUCUCAUCGGAGUGUUCCCUAGAAAGUCCUCAAUGGAUCUGCGGGUCCUCCAUCUGAAGGACGCGGCGACUCGAAACCCUAUCUUGUUGUCGUCGAGGAACUCGAUUCCCGAGAAACCGUUUUCCGGGAAACUCGGGAAGUUCAGCGCCUUGGAGAUCAGGGUUCUCAGGCGCAAGCUUUCUGCUUCUGGGUCUCGCUCUUUGUUCGUCAGAGCCACCGCAAAGAAGGGCAACGGCGAUGCUUCUGCUUCCGGAGAUGCUUCUCAGGGAAACAAGUUCUCGAACGGAAAUAAAUCGGACGAAUCUGCGUCUCAAAAGUCCCAUGGCCUGAAUAUGGAUUGGAGAGAGUUCAGAGCAAAUUUGUUCAUGAAGGAGCAGGCAGAGAAAGCGGAAUCCGAGGGUCACAAACCAGCACCAGCGUCUCAGGAGUCAAAACCCUUCGGCCUGAAAUGGGCACAUCCUAUUCCUGUUCCAGAGACUGGUUGUGUCCUAGUCGCCACAGAGAAGCUGGACGGUAUUAGAACAUUCGAGAGAACUGUGGUGCUUCUUCUGAGAUCGGGGACCAGACAUCCGCAAGAAGGGCCAUUCGGGGUUGUCAUCAACCGCCCGCUUCACAAAAACAUCAAGCACAUGAAACCAACUAAUAACGAACUCGCUUCCACAUUCUCAGAUUGUCCCUUGUACUUUGGUGGGCCUCUUCAAGCAAGCAUGUUCUUGUUAAAAACAGGUGAUAAAGCUAAGCUACCCGGGUUUGAAGAAGUCAUGCCGGGUCUAAGCUUUGGUGCUCGAAACAGCUUGGAUGAUGCUGCAGCACUUGUAAAGAAAGGAAUGCUUAUGCCACAAGACUUCAAAUUUUUUGUCGGUUACGCUGGUUGGCAGCUAGAUCAACUGAGAGAGGAAAUCGAAUCAAAUUACUGGUAUGCCGCCGCAUGUAGCUCAGAUUUAAUCUGUGGAGCUUCAUCAGAAAACUUGUGGGAGGAGAUCUUGCAGUUGAUGGGCGGUCAUUACUCGGAACUUAGUCGGAAACCGAAGCAGGAUAUGUAGAUGCCAUGUUCCUGUCAGUGACUGAACCGCAAGUUAGCAGAGCAGAGGUUUUCUAUAACAUAUAAUAUGUAACCGAGGUGUGUCUCUGUCAAGCCAAAUGUAUAUCUUAUUUAGCUGGCUUGUAUGUGAUAAUAACGCACCUCUUGUUUUGUUGAAAGUAUUUGCUGUCUGAAAACCUUCUGUAUUUGCUGGAAAUGACUGAAAAGUUUGCCUACAA